AUGGAGCUCGGGGCUGGACUGGCCAGGAGGGCGUGGAGCUGGAGGGGAGGGCCGGUCCGGCCGGGGCUGGGCUGCGGCUUGGACCUGGUGGGGCUGGUCCUUGCGAGGGGCCCCUUCAGAGAGGAUGGGACGGGGACCCCGGGGGCUGGAAGGGAGUGCUGUGCCUUUGUGCAGCCGAUGCUUCUCCCCAGGGCCCUCUCCUGUGCUGUGCUGCUGCUGCUGCUGGCCACCGUGCUGGGCAGGGGCUGGAGGUGCAGCAUCGCCAGGAUCCUGCGGCAGUACAGAGCUGUCAUCUUCCACGAGAUCCAGAACCUGAAAAACCUGAGCGGGUCGGCAGAGAGGAGCAGUCGGGCCGGGCCAGUGUGCCGCUCUGACAAGGACCAGAGGAUCCUGCAGUCCAUCUACAACAUCAGCAUGUCGCUGCGGGACGUGGCAGGCGGUGCUCUGCGGGGCCCUGAGGAGGCAGCAGUAUGGAAGGUGGUCCGGGACACUGAGUUUGUGCUCAGGGAGAACUGCCGGCGUAUUGGCAAGAGCCCCCCACGCCCCCCACUGCAGCCGCACCGCAGGAGGCAGCAGCUGAAGGAGAUCUCAAGGAAGGCACAGAGGCUGGCCACGUGCUGGGAGAAGCUCAACGUGCUGCACGCGGCCCCUCGGGACUCAUAG